AUGGAUUCAGGCUGUGCUAGGCUGUUGGUUUACGCCCCUCAGACUGCAGAACCCUCAAAGCUCAUUCAUCCGAACGGCAGCAUCCCAAAGUCUAAAGCUUUUUUAAGUUUAGGGUUAGAAAGAAACUCCCUAUCAUCCAAAGAAGGGUCUCAGCAUGCCGAAGAAACACUUAGCGAUUCCCAGGUACAAGCGCCGAGGUUCGACUUGCCGGCGUUGAAAGACGAGGCUGCGGAGCCCGAGGAGUCCAUAGCACCGAUUGGACCGAUUGCCGUGAACGAGCCGCUGAAAGAGGCUCAACAAGAGGUGGCCGUGCUGCCGACGGCGCUGGAGGAAGAAGAAAGUCAGCUGAGCCCUGAAGCGCAAGACGAGUUGAAGCUGCUACUGCGGGAGCUGAGGAAUGUGCGCGAAGACUUCGCCACCGUGAACUGCUUGGACCUCAACUCCCGGAAUCACCUGCAAAGCCUGCCAAGCCGCGUGGCACUGCGCAGCAUGGGCUUGCUCGGCUGCGGGAACAGCUUUUACAUGGAAGGCAUCCGCAAGCCCGGGGCAGCUUUGGCAGCACGUGCGCGAGGUGCGGCCCUGGAGGAACGGAAGCCUGGCGCAAAGAAGGCAGAGCCUUUCCAGGAUUGGGUGAAGCUCUUGGAGAGCUUCGCGGCAGCCAACAAGCUCAGUGAGGUCUCGCGUGAGGCACUGGAGGGCCUCGACCGGCCGCAGGCGUUGCGGGUCAUGGGGUUUACCUCCGCGCUGCGCUUCCUUGCCGGUCCGGUCUACCGUGGCGAAGCGGAACUGGAGGUUCGCACGCGAAUCUGGGCUGCCAAGGCCGAAGCGGCCAUGGAGGCGGUGCUGCCUCGGGGGGACGGCGAGCCCCCACGAGGCGGAAGUAAGCGCGACCGAAGCCGAAGUCGACGGAGGGCCAGUGACUCGCUUCCGGGUCUCGCUCAUCACGUGGACACCUUCAUCGAGCUGAACGACCUGGACGAGCGCACCAGUGCCAUCCUGCGCAAGCUGGAAGCGAAAACGGUGUUGCAGGUCAUGGGCCUGGCAGGUGUGGAGAAUUCCUUCUUGCUGCGAGGUGUGCGAGAGAAAUCAAAGGCGGUCCUUAAUCGACUGCGAAAAGUGCAGGAGACUGGCCAGGACGCUGAGCUUUUCGCGCAGCUCUCGAAGCUGAUGGAGGAUUUCGUCGUGACAAAUCACUUGGACGCCGCCUCCGCUGAGAUGUUCAGAGGCUUGCCGCGGGAUGCUGCUCUUGAGGUCAUGGGCUUCACGGCCGGUGCAGAUGGCAACGCCUUCCUUAUCAAGGAGGCGUCCGAUGCCUCCGAGGAGGUGCGACGGCGCAUCGACACACGCGCGACGCCGGAAAAGAGUAUGUUUCUGCCCCUGGCGCCUGGGUGCGCCGUCUGA